GACUUAUACGCGGAGUAUUUAUCCGCUUAACGGCGACGUCAGAAUCCCGUUACGGUAGGAAAAAAGAUCCGUCACAAUGGUGGACCACAAGACGAAGCGCCCAAUAAUACGAACCUAAUCGAAUCAUUCAACGGAAUGCCUAUCAUCAUCAUUAUCACCAUCACCGUCCCUAACACUUCUUCUCUCUCCCUACUGCUGCGCUGCGGCAAAAGAAGAUAUCUUCAGUCAGAUCGUACGAUUCUGGUGUGCAUAAUUCUGCAAUUCUACCAAUUUAUAUAGUAACAAACAAUUUGUGUAAUUCUCUAACUUGUUGAAGUUUAUUGCUUAGAAUUUGAAGAGAGAUGUAUCAAAACAUUGAUGAGAAGAAGGUAUAAGUGCAAGUCGAAGGGAAUUAUUGGAGAAGUUGUGAUUAUGGAGGUUGCGGAGGUAGCAGUGAAGAUGACAAGAGAACGGGAGGUUUUAGAGGUGGUCGACACAAGGAAGAGGAAGAAGCGUGAUGGUGAUUUGGAGAUGUCACCAACUGUAGCUCGUGUUAGAAGGAAUUCCGUAGUCUCAGUUGUACCGGCGAGUUUUGAAUCUCCAGCGAGCGAGCUUAGCUCCCAGGGAAAUACUGUUUCGUGUAAACCGGCUAACUUUCAUGACGGUUUAGCAUCUGGUUUUGGAGAUGAUGAAUCAAGCAAUGUCACAAAAGGAAGCUCGAAAUUUGUAGAUCUGGAUGAGGACAGUGUGGAAAUUGCAACCAGUUAUUCAGAGUUGAGAGAAAGAGAGACAAUACUAUCCAGCAAAUUCAAAGUUGAAUUUCACAAAGUGGAGUCAACACCGAAACCACAACAUGCUAAAUCUUGCCGCCGCCGAUUGACAGAGGCAAUUAUGCCCUCCGAGGCUGAGCUUGAUGAGUUCUUUGCUGCAGCCGAGAAAGAUCUCCACAAACAUUUUGCAGAAAAAUACAACUUUGACUUUGCAAAAGAGGAGCCAUUGGAAGGUCGCUACGAAUGGGUUCGACAAUGAAACCACAAUAUUUAAAGGCCAAGAUCAUAGCAAUAGCAGCAGUUGCUUCUUAAUCUAAUUUGUUAGUAGUGAUUCUAGUAUUUCCAAGUAUAUUUAAUUUAACUGUUCACUCUUUAAACUAGUACUACUUCUCUUUUUUUGUUUUCUUACUUUAUUGCUUUAUGAUUUUGGUUUCCAUGGGGCAGGAGUUCAAUUUGAAUAUGUACAGCCCGGGAGCACGAAAUGAUCUCUCUUUAUGUUAAUAUAUAAGUUAUUAACCGAGAAGCUGCCUCUGCAAAUCAUUUCCUUUGGAGAAAAUAUUCUCUGAAGAAUAAGAGCUCAUCUUUUAUAAAUUUUCGAGUUUGAUAUCCUCUCGAUCGAUCUUAACCUCCUUCGUAAUGUCUUUGUUUUAAUAGCUAAUAGUUUGAAACUGAUCGAGGAAGAAAUUAAAAUUUUAAAAUAGGCCGUUAUGAUUUGGUGAUACUGUAUGUGAAAAUGUACAUUUUGUUCUGGGACUAAAAGAACUGACGUCCGAAGGGGAAGAUGGAAUAUUCGGUGGAGGCAUUGAAGCAGUGAGCAGAGAGGGUAGGUUAGAGUAGAGAAAAACGCAGCAAUAGGCCUUGCCGGACACGUGCUGGCUGCUGAGUAAACGAAAGCUAUUCUUUUUACAGGCUUUUACUAGUGUGGACCUCUCCAUGCAGUCACAAAGUACUUGGGGUGAAACAAAUAAUUACUCCACUCUUUUCUUUUUUUCUCUUUUGGUAAUUUGGGUUUCAUUGCUACUGCUUAUGCAAGAAAACUGACUUGCAUUAUUUGUGCUUCUUCUAGUUCUAGGAAAAUGACACAUGAACUAGUGUAGUGUUCAAAAAUUUUAAAAUUAGCAUGGAGCAAAAGUUGUUUGAGAAAAUGUUGUAAUCGAAAGAAAUGGUAAAAGAUCAUUUGUUACUCAA